GCAGCCAAAUCAAAUAUGGCUGACUUAUAUAAUUACACUGAUACCAACUUCAUUUUUAUGGUUCUAAAGUCUGCUGCAAAAUUUUGCUAUCUAUAAAAAGAUAGCACUGUUCUUAUCUAGUUUGGUACAUGUUGUUUCGCUGCAUUCAGUUGAAUAAAUUCCCUCCUCGCUCACUCGUGUAUGCAACACUUGAUUCAUUUUAAAUUUAACAUGAGUCUGAAACAUAAAGUAGCUAUAGUGACAGGUGGAAGCUCUGGUAUCGGUGCGGCAAUCGCAGUGAAGUUUAUCGCAGAAGGCGCCAAAGUUACCAUCGUUGCACGUAAUGAGAAGAAACUAGCUGCUGUCUCAGGAGAAUGUCAAAAGAACGGCUCCCAACCGCUGGUCAUCGUUGCUGACGUCACCAAAGAAGAUGACGCUAACAGGAUUAUUAACGAUACCAUCAAGCAUUAUGGAAAGUUGGACAUACUGGUGAAUAACGCAGGUAUUGGCAAUAUAUGUACUAUUUUGGACAAAAAUGUUAUGGAAAUGUUUGAUAAAGUGAUGGCCACAAACCUUCGUUCUGUAGUCUAUUUGACACAUCUUGCUGCCCCGUAUAUCAUCGAGACUAAAGGAAACAUCAUCAAUAUAUCCAGUAUAGGAGCAAGAUAUGUUUAUGGUAAUGCAUUUAUUUAUAAAACUUCUAAAGCGGGGUUGGAUCACUUCACACGGUGCGUAGCUUUAGAGCUAGCGCCUAAAGGAGUUCGUGUAAACACUAUAAACCCUGGAGCAGUAAAGACUGAUCUUUUGGAGAAUAUUGGCGCUGAUCCAGCAACGGAAGCAUCGUUGUGGGAGGUUUUGAAGACUAGGACAGCUUUGAAGAGAAUAGGUGAAGCCGAGGAGAUUGCUGAGUUGGCUGUGUUCGUUGCAAGUGACAAGGGGAGGAGUAUCACGGGAUCUGCUCUCAUUACUGACAAUGGAAGCCUUCUUUUUCCAACCCAGGAGUGAGCGAACCUUACGAAGGAAAUGUAGAAAACGUCAUGUAUAACUAUGAGAACUAAAGAAUGAAUUCACGCUUGGCGCUAUUUGAUAUUUUAAAAUUUUACCAUAACAUAACAUCACACAUGUAUCGCGAAAGGUGUAUGGUAUUAUACACCCACUCUUCGGCAGCUAUGUUUAACUGCCAUAUUCGAGUAUGAGGACGAAUCUACAUAUUGCCAUCAACCGAACACGAAUACUAGGAACCAGUUAAAAAAUAUGAUUUGUUGUUUUACUUAACAGAAAAUAAUAAAUACUUAAGUUAUAAAUAGCGUCUGGACGAGACGCACUGACCUAUGAUAACGUUGAGGUUGUCGAGGUCAGUUCAUUACUUCGAUAUAACCAAUACUUGCAACAAAAGUUGCUUUUAGAGAUUCAUGCUCUUUGAAUAAAAAAUAUCUGGUAAGCAAACACAUUAUUAUAUCUCUCUAUCAACAUUGACACCUAUUUUAUUUUCUGAAGUGCCUACCUACAAAUAUUGCCUUUUGUUUCCUAAUUUAAAUGCUCUUUUUACAGAAUUUCAUUUUCAUUCUAAUUGCCAAGGAAAGUUAAUUUCGUUUUGUUUAGAUGCAAUUAUGAAGAUAAUGUAAUAAAAAGUUAAUUGGACUUCAUUAAAAUAAGUCUUUCACGACAAAUUACUUUCUAGAUAAGCGUACUGUAAAAGGAUGAACGAUUGUGAAAACAAAUAUGUAAUAAAAUGACAAAAAAAAAUAGUA